AUGGAAAGAUUACAAAGACUUUUAGGAGCUGGAGGAGGAUUAGGUGGUGCUGCCCCACCUCCAAGCGAUGGACCAGCCAUCGAUAAUGCCGAAACCGUUUAUAUAUCGUCACUUGCUCUUCUCAAGAUGCUUAAGCACGGUAGAGCUGGUGUUCCUAUGGAAGUUAUGGGAUUAAUGUUGGGAGAAUUUGUAGAUGAUUUCACAAUCCAUGUCAUUGAUGUCUUCGCAAUGCCCCAAUCCGGUACUGGAGUUUCUGUCGAAGCCGUUGACGAUGUAUUCCAAACUAAGAUGAUGGAUAUGUUGAGACAAACAGGAAGAGAUCAAAUGGUUGUAGGAUGGUACCAUUCACAUCCUGGGUUUGGAUGUUGGUUAUCGUCAGUCGAUGUCAACACACAACAAUCUUUUGAACAAUUGAACAAGCGUGCAGUUGCCGUUGUUGUGGAUCCAAUUCAAUCUGUCAAGGGUAAGGUUGUCAUUGAUGCCUUUAGAACUAUCGAUACCACCACCUUGAUGAUGGGUCAAGAACCAAGACAAACUACUUCCAACGUUGGUCACUUGAAUAAGCCAUCUAUCCAAGCUUUGAUCCAUGGGUUGAACCGUCAUUACUACUCUUUGAACAUAGAUUACCACAAGACUCUGAAUGAAACCAAUAUGUUAUUAAACUUACAUAAGAAGAAUUGGCAAUCUGGAUUAAAGAUGGUUGAUUAUGAACAUAAGGAACACGAGAACUUGGAAAAUACUGAAAGUAUGGUUAAGAUUGCCAAAUUAUACAACCAAAGAGUUACUGAAGAAAAGGAAUUACUGGAAGAUCAAUUGAAGACUAGAUACGUGGGGAAACAAGAUCCAAAGAAGCAUUUGUCCGAUACCGCAGAAAAGGCCAUCGAGGAAAACAUUACUUCCUUGUUGACAGGAAACGUCAAUGGUUUAGCUAUCCAUUGA